AACUAAUUAUAAUGAAGCCUAGGCGCAAGUUCAAGCUGGAAGACUUCCGCUCCACCCAUUCCAUCUAAUUACUGCGUCAUCUUCAUCACUGGACCUCGACCCGCCUUCUCCAAUCUUCAAUCAAGCUCUGUUAAAAGGCUCCACACCCACGCCGCCAGUUGCUUUCCAGCUUUGCUCAAGUUGGUACGCGUUCGUCAUGUCUGACUUCGAGUCCGAUAUCCCUCCUGGUUCUCCGGUCGCCUCUCGUGAGGAUCCAGCUCCCCCCUCCUCCUCUCCCGUCCGCCGCAGCUCUCGUUUGGCCAUGCGCCCGGACCACCUCUCCCCAGCUUCUUUCCUUAAAUCCAAAGGCGUCUCCCUCGCCGCUGGCCUUCAAUCUCCGCAGGUUGCCUCUCUCGCUGCCCUCAUGCCGUUCAUCGACACCUCUCCGCCCUAUAUUCCUCCGUCUCCCCCUGCUCCCCCUUCAUCGGUCAGCGGGAAAAGAUCCUGCAAGUCCGUCGCUCCUCCAGCCAAGCGACGCAAGGGCCGCCCCCCCUCCUCUCAGUUGUCCUCUUGUUUACCUGGGCCUCCUUCAGCUCCACCGCCAAAUCCUAAUCCUCCUCCUAACGCUCCCGUCGUACCUCCAGAAGCCCCCGGUCCCUCCUCAGGUCCCCACUCUCUGCCUCCCCUCCCCCCUCUUCUGACCAGGUCCUUGCGUCCUCUCUCGUCGCAUCCAUGGAUUCUCUUCAGCGUUCCUUAUCAGUGCUGUCCUACCAGCUUCAACACGGUGCUUCUAACAUUGCGGUGGCGUCCUCAAUCCCUUUCUCUGCCGCUCCAGUUGCCCCUCCUCCCUCUCUUCAGCCACCUCCAACGGUGUUCACCCUCGCUAACGCCCGGCCUGCGCCGCCUUCAGGUGCGGCUUAUACGCCUUUGCACGCCAACAUCUCUCCCAGACUGCGCUCAAAGAUACUGCAAGGACAGUACAUCAAUUUAGCUUCCAUUCUCCUUCCCUCUCCCGUAGUCGACCAAAGUAUUGCUUCAUCCGAUCAA